CCGUUCGUCCUUCCUCCCUUGAGCUGAUCGGUUUCCGUGGGUCGCUACACCUGCUCAAAGCUUCGUCCCCCUCCUCGCAAAACACUCUCAGCAUGGAUGAUUUUGAUAUGCUCAACGCGCCCGCGGCUGGGAACGGCCUGGGCUCGGAGGAGGACCCCGCGGCAGCCUUCCUGGCCCAGCAGGAGAGCGACAUCGCGGGCAUAGAGAACGACGAGGGCUUCAGCAUCCUGGACGGCGGAGAGGUGCCCACCUCGCUGGACUCCCACGAUGGUGCUGUCAAUGGAGAUCUCCAUGGGGAAAGCAAUGGUCCAUCAGAUGCCUAUGCAGCAAUUUCCAAUGCAGAUCGACUGCAGGCCGAGCCCGAAAGUCUCCGUAAAUGGAGGGAGGAGCAAAGCGAAAGGCUUGAGUUGCUAGAUGCCAACUCUCGCACGCAGGAGUCUGAGUGGAAGGAAAAGGCCAAGGUGGAGCUGGAGGAGUGGCACGCCAGGCAGAACGAGCAGCUGGAGAAAACUAAAUCCAAUAACAGGGUUCUGGAUGAAGACUUCUACAAGCAGCCCUUCUCUGAACUCAUUGGUUAUGUCACACACAUAAACCAUCCUUGCUACCGCCUAGACCAGGCGGCUGAGGAAGCCAUGAUUUCAGAUCUGGAUGAGAACAACCCUGGCACAGAGUGGGAACGGGUGGCACGACUCUGUGACUUCAACCCCAAGUCCAGCAAGCAGGCCAAAGACGUGUCCCGCAUGCGCUCCGUGCUCAUCUCCCUGAAGCAGUCUCCACUGGUCCGCUAAGCACCAAACCGUGCUGUGGGUGUCAUUCCGAACCCCCACCCCACACCACAUCAGCCCAACUACAGAUGUCACAUCAUUUGAAUUCAGAAGACAAAGUACUAGCAACCCUUCUGUCCACAUGUAUUUACCAUGAGUGGCCCUUUUUUUUUUUAUUUUUUUUUUUUUUAUUUCCCCCCCGAUGGAAAGCUCUAGCCAGUGGUCCAACCCUCUUCUGUCUCCUCCUCGAAGGGUUGUAGAGAUUAGCUGUGACAUGCCUACUCACCAUUUCUGUCCCCCUGUAAGAUAAUAGUCUGUGUGCACGUCUUCCACAGAACAACCAGACCUCAUGAUGUCUUGCCCUUGUUUUAGAAACUGAGAUCAAGACUAGUUUGUUCCCUGCAAGGUCUACUGAUCUGUGGUCUUGUGUAAAACUCUAAGAGUGGUGAGUCGGGACACUAAAAGGGAAGGGUUAUUGUCUGUUUAUUGGGACCUACAGCUACACUACAUCCUGCAUCUCGUGCCCUGAAAACAGUAUCAUUUCUGUAAUGCUGUGCUGUAACUCGGCCUCAUGAAUCUUUCCUUAACCCUCCAGGGUUUUAAUGGAUUUCAUGGUUUUAUUCAACUUAUGCCCUUCAACAUAUCGCUUCAUGUUUUCCUUUCCUUACAAAAAAUAUCAGCAGGUUUUGUUUUUUUUUCCUCUCUUUUUUUUUUUUUUUUUUUUUAAAGGACCAAACUGUAAAACAAAACUCCGAACUCAAUGUGUGUACUUUGAACUGUGUGUGUAGUGCCUGCUUGUGGUAUAUUGUGUUAAAUUUUUCAAUCUAUGCAUUUUCUUUUGAGAGCCUCUCCCUAUCCAGUCAGAACUGAACAAAGUCCAGUCAUUACAAUGCAAUGCGAUCUGUUUAUAUGUGUUAAAACCUCAGCAGUGUGUGUACGUACUCUUUGCGUGUACUUAUGUACAUAUACAGAAGGCAGUAUAUAUACAGUGUAUGUAACAUUUAUGUCACUGAAAUUAGACAGUUGUGGUUUUAAAGAGAACUAGAUAAUAGACAGCUGUUGCUUGACCAUGUUUUGUCCAUUCGAUUUCAAUAUCAGUAAAAAGAAAAAAAGUGAAA